UAAGGGUCGGGGGCGGGAGUAUGAACCCCGAAGGGGCGUUUCAUUUGUUUGUGGAGUGGGCGGCUCUCUCCCGGGCUGAGAAAGGCGGGAAAUGGCGGAGGCGCGCGCGAGUGCCCGCCCAGCCCUCGGUCGAAGAGGGUCGACGGCCGUGGACGGGGGGCGCAGCAGAAUGUUAGGAGUCUGGGGAAUGGAGCGGGAACACCAGGAAGCUCUGAAGAAGAAUCGGGUUGUGCUGGCCAAGCAGCUAUUGCUUAGUGAACUCUUAGAGCACCUCUUGGAGAAGGACAUCAUCACCUUAGAGAUGAGAGAAUUGAUCCAGGCCAAAGUAGGCAGUUUUAACCAGAAUGUGGAAUUUCUGAACUUGCUGCCCAAGAGGGGUCCCCAUGCUUUUGGAGCUUUUUGUGGCUUACGGGAAACCAAGCAAGGACAUCUGGAGGAUCUGUUGCACAAAACCCUCUACGGUUUUCAGCAAUUACUGCCAUCGUUGAACUGUGAUGAUGACUCAAAUCUCCCUCUCCCAGUGUGUGAAUCCUGUUCCCCUCACAAGCAACUCCGACUGUCUGUAGAGACCAUGGAGCAUUCUCUGGACAAUGGAGAUGGACCCCCCAGCCUCCAGGUGAAACCCUGUACCCCAGAGUUUUAUCGGACACACCACCAUUUGGCCUACAGAUUACAAUCUCGACCUCGUGGUCUAGCACUGGUGCUGAGCAAUGUGCACUUCAAUGGAGAGAAAGACUUGGAGUUCCGAUCUGGUGGGGAUGUGGACCAUAGUUCCCUAGUAACCCUCUUCAAGCUUUUAGACUAUGAUGUUCAUGUCCUGCGUGACCAGACUGCACAGGAGAUGUAUGAGAAGCUUCAGAGGUUUGCACAGCUGUCAACUCACCAGAACACAGAUUCCUGUGUGGUGGCACUCCUUUCUCAUGGCAUAGAAGGUGGCAUCUAUGGUGUAGAUGGCCAACUGCUCCAGCUCCAAGAGGUUUUUCAGCUCUUUGAUAAUGCCAACUGCCCAAACCUGCAGAACAAACCCAAGAUGUUUUUUAUCCAGGCCUGUCGUGGAGAUGAGACAGACCGAGGGGUGGACCUUCGAGAUGGGAAGGAGCACAUGGCUUCUCCAGGGUGUGAGCAAAGUGAUGCCGGCAAAGAAAAGAUACUGAAAAUGCGACUGCCUACACGCUCUGACAUGAUCUGUGGUUAUGCGUGUCUCAAAGGCACCGCUGCCAUGCGCAACACCAAGCGAGGAUCGUGGUACAUUGAGGCCCUGACUCAAGUAUUCUCUGAAAGGGCUCGAGAUAUGCAUGUGGCAGACAUGUUGGUUAAGGUUAAUGCACUUAUUAAAGAUCGAGAAGGCUAUGCCCCCGGUACAGAGUUUCAUCGAUGUAAGGAGAUGUCUGAGUACUCCAGCACCCUCUGCCGCCACCUUUACUUAUUUCCAGGACAUCCUCCUACACGAUUGGCAUCUAUUUUUCCAUCUAGCCCAGAGUGAGACCACAGAAGGCAUGAUUGAACUGUCCCUCUUCAGAAUGGACCGUUUAUUCCUCCCCUCAGGGAUAAUGGGACUCUCCCAGGCUUGUUUUAUAAAUAUCUUUUGUUUCCCAUUUUGAAGAUGGGUUCUGCAAGCCAGCUCUUCUUGUAUGUGAAACUCUAGAGCUAUUUCUUGGCAAUCCCUGGUCUGAAUCACUGCCAGGAAGAGUGCUUAGGGUGUACAAUAAGGGAAUCUGGCAGGUAUUUCUAGAAUACAAUGCUUUUAUGGGUUAAGGGAUAUGUGAGCUUUAGUCCUGAGUACUAGUAUUCAAUACUCAACCAAGCCUCAGCCUUAGCCUCUUGUGGAUAUUGAGUUCACUCCCCAGGAUUAUUGUGAAUAGCACUUUGAGUGUUGUUUUUAUUUUGUGAGUUAAGCCAUUUUGAUGAUCUUCUCCACUUCUUAUCUUGUCUGUUUUCAAAUACUACUUUCCUUGCCAUUCAGGGAUAUUUGGGGUAAUGUCCUUUAGUACUACUUAAUUUGGUACUUUAAAAACCUAUGAUUUCUUCAGUAUGAGUAUCACUCUGUUAUAUGAUGAAACUUCUCCAUGAUUUAGUAAGUGGUAGUCCAGAAUUACCAUGGCCAAAAAAUCAUUGUAUCCUUUCGGUUUGGUGAUAUUUCUUUUGAAAUUAGACUAAAGCUAGAUUCCUCUUUGGACAUAGGACCCAUCACUGAAUCCAUUUUCAAAGCCUUUCUAGCUUUGUGUAGGUUCUUUCUAUUAGAAUUUGUACUUCACUAGCUUAGUCUUUGAUAUUCCAAUGGAUAUCAUUUAAAAGGGGAAUUAUUUGGUCUUAGAGGACCAAGCACAAUUCAAGACACUGUAUCAACAGUAAUGACCUAUGCAUUCUCCUUUUUAGUACUGUAAAACUUCCCUCUGGUGGGGACUGUCUUCCCCUGAUCACCUUCUCUUCAUCAUCCCAGUGCUGGAGAAGGUGAAAACUCCCCAUACCAAGUGAUUAAGGUGACUUUUUCUUAUUCUUCCCCCAGGAAGUUUCCUAGAUUUCAUAUAUAGUUACUUUCUCCUGUAUUUUCCUAUUGAAAUGGGCAAUACAGCAUAAGAGUGGAGAAUGGAUGGGAAUGGUACCUCAGAAUAAUCUAAUUUCUUUUUUUACCUUUAUCUCCUAUCCUGAGUUGUCACCAUGUCCCCAUUUUCUUCAUUUCAGAUGCUUUGCCUUUCUCACUAUUCCCAUUUUCCAUCCAAGCUAGGUUUUCCAUGUUUUCUGCCAGAAUUGAUUUAAAAUCUUCCUAGCUAAUAUCCCUAUUUCCAGUCUUUCACUCUCCAUCCGUUCCAUAUGCUACUAUUAGAUAAAUUUUCUAAAUUAUUCCCCUGCUAAAGAAACUAUAGACUCCUAAACCCUUGUCUCACUGGAUUUAUUCAAGCUUUUCUUGCUCUAUUCUUCAAUAGGCACCCUCUGUUCCUCUCAAAUUAAUAUGCUCACUUUCCACAGUGUUCAUUUCUUCUGUGGUGCCUUUGCUCAUGUUGUUGUCCCCCUUUAAUGCUUUCCUUCCUAUCCUAUAUUUCUACACAGCCUUACCAAUCCUUUGGCUCAGCUCAGUUCUCAUGUCAGUCAAGCCUUCUUUGAAUUCCUUUGCACUUAAUACUACCACAGUUUAGUACUUAACUGUAUUCCAAUUUUUUAUGUAUGUUGGUUACAGUUGCCCAAAGAAACUAUAAACUUCUUGAGGGCAGUGACCAUGUGUCAUACUUAUGUAGCCCCCAUAGCAUGGGCACAAAGUAAAUACAAAGAUCAUGUAUUAUACACACAGCGUAUAAUCUCCCACAGUGCCCUGUACUUUGCUAGAGUCUAUAGGUGCUCAAUAAAUAUUUACUGAUUGGAGUUGGGGUCCUGCAGGAAGAUAUUCAUUUUCCCCAACCUAUCUUCCUAAUCCCAAUCUAGGGGUUAGUAUGAUGUAAUAGGGUCUAGAAGUGAGUCUUUUCCCCACUUCCCACUGCCAAGGUUUUGUAUUACUUUCAGGUGCCAAAUAAAUACUUGUGUUUGUUACCAAA